AUGGAUAGUAAUUCAACAUCUGAUGUUAAACUUGAUCAAGAUACGACGAGAAAUCGUUCAUUUUCGGAAUCAUUUCAUAAUUUCGCACAAGCUGUUCAUCAUAAAGUUUGGGGUGAUACUAAAUGGGCCCAAUCAUUUCACGAUAAAGUUUGGGGUUCGAACGACAAUGAACAUGGUAAAAGUGAAUCUGACCUAAAUAAAAAUUAA